GCAGCGGAAAUGACGGAUAGCGCUGUGUUUCCGUUGGCUAGUCUGUCUACCCGAGCGUCGAAAGCGGAUCGGUUCGAUUGGAUUCGGUUCAUUGCAAACAGAAGCGUAAAGGCCAUGCAUCAGAUGCCGUUGGGUGUCCCGCACAGCGGCGGCCGGCGCAGUAAAUGGGAUCAGGCCGGUCCGGUGUCCGGAGAUGAUGGAGGCUCUGCUCCGACCGGAGCUCUGGACGCUGCUGCCGCCGUCGCUGCCAAGAUCAACGCCAUGCUGGUGGCCAAAGGAAAGCUCAAACCGUCUCAGAUCAGCAGCACUGCUCCUGCGGAGAAAGUGGCAGGUGUUGCUGGUAAUAAGGUGAAAGAUGAUCUGGUGGUGGCCGAGGUGGAGAUUAACGACGUUCCUCUCACCUGUCGGAAUCUGCUGACCCGCGGACAGACUCAAGACGAGAUCAGCAGAGUGAGCGGCGCUGCAGUGUCCACCAGAGGACGCUUCCUGACCGCGGAGGAGAAGAGUAAAGCACUGCCCAGUGACCGUCCGCUCUAUCUGCACGUCCAGGGACAAACCAGACACUUAGUGGACAGGGCUGUUAACCGGAUCAAGGAGAUCAUUACUAACGGUGUGGUGAAGGCUGCCACUAACUCCAGCUACAGCGGAGCCACGGUCACCGUUUACCAGCAGCCUGGACCCGCUCCUGUACCCACAAUCCCCUCCGCUGCUCACAAACCACACUAUCCAGGAGGAAUGCAUUACGUGCAGGACAAGCUGUUUGUGGGUCUGGAUCAGGCCGUGCAGGGCUUCUGUGUGAAGGAGCGUGUGGAGGGGCCCGGCUGCUCGUACCUGCAGCACAUUCAGGCAGAAACCGGGGCCAAAGUCUUCCUGCGGGGCCGAGGGUCCGGCUGCCUGGAGCCUGCGUCAGGACGAGAGGCCUUCGAGCCUAUGUACAUCUACAUCAGUCACCCGAAGCCAGAAGGACUCGCUGCUGCUAGAACCCUGUGUGAGAACCUGCUGCAGACCGUUCAUGCUGAGUAUUCUCGAUUCCUGAAUCAGAUGAGCAGUGUGAUGCCCACACAGGGUUUCGUUCAGCCUCCUGCCGUUAACGGGAUCCCCCCACAGCCUCCGUAUUACCCCCCCGCAGGCUUCCAGCCCUCCUACCCCGUUCCCAUCCCGCCGCCGCAGCCCGUCCCUCCUCAGUAUCCUGUGGCUCCGGUGCCCGUCCCCCCCCCGACCGCACAGUAUCCCAUGACCCCCGCGAGCGUCCCUGCACAGACUCUUCCUCCUGCUCCGUUCCCUCCCGCUGCACUGGCUCCGCCCAAACCAGUGGCUCCGCCCAAACCCAUGGCUCCGCCCAUCCCGCCGCAGAAGCGCCGCUUCACAGAGGACGUGCCGGACGAGACGGACAGUGGCCUGCUGGGAUACCAGGUGCAGGCAUCUCUGUGGGCAGCUCUGAGGCGUCAGGACCCCCGUCUGCUGCUGCUUCAGGGCCUGUGAGAGAGAGAGACAGCAGCAGACUCAUGCCUCCUCCGUGUGCUCCGGCUCCAGUCAGCGGUCCGAGAGCUCAGAAUGCAGAAGAGAAGACGCCAGCGCCGAGCAUCCUGGGUAAGACAGCCGCUCUGGCAGCUCGUUAAUGAUCGCUCACACUGACGGCUUUCUGCAUGCAGAUGUGAGGCUGCGGCAGCGGAGGACUGUACGCUAGCUACAGGUAAAGCUGAAGCGUCUCGCUUCCUCAGGAAAUGACACGCUUCAGCUUCUCCGCCCCUCAUUGGUCAGAUGUGUUGAAUGAAGCUCCUCCCCCGAGCGGUGAUGUCACCAGGUGUGAGGCUGCCACACUAACGGCUGUCUCUCUUGUGUUCUGUGUUCUCUCUCUCUCUCUCUCUGUGUUUUUCCCUCUCUUUCAUGUGUCCGAUCCUGUGGUGGGGGUGGGGCCUGUUUCCUGGACGCCGCCUCCUGAUUGGACGCCCCUGAUGACAUGUGGCUGUCAUCCGUCGCGCUCCUGUGUUUGAUUAACUGUGUGCUGCUGUGGCGUGUUGUUUGUGUGUGUUUCUGGUGUCUCCUCAGAGCCGCAGGUGAAGCGUGUGCGGACGGGGCUCGUGGCGUACACCGCAGACUCCUCCGACGAGGAAGACGAUCACAGACCCUCCGCAGCAGGAGCAGGAUGGACGUACCGCUGCCCGCCAUCACCGCCCUCACGGCCCAAAACA